UGGUACCGAUCAAUACGCGAAACGGCGGGAGAUUCAAAUCUGGACUUUCCCGCCUCAAUAUAUACCCCAAAAAGCGCAAAUAAUGUCCCAUUACUCAAACACAGAAGGCAAACCCCAAAAAUUCUCAAAUCUCAAAUCUGCCUCCCUUCUUUCACUGAUCCUUUGAGAAAUUCUGAGAAAACGUCUAUUUGUGGGAAAAAAGGCAAGGGUCUGGGUAAAAGAGGAGCAAAGAGGCAUCGUAAGGUCCUCCAUGAUAACAUCCAAGGCAUUACGAAGACUGCGAUUCGAAGGAUGGCGAGAAGAGGAGGCGUUAAAAGAAUAAGUGGUUUAAUCUACAAAGAGACGAGAGGUGUGUUGAAGAUUUUCUCCGAAAACAUGAUUCGCGAUGCCGUGACUUACACUGAGCACGCUAGGAGGAAGACUCUUACUGCCAUGGAUAUGGUUUAUGCGCUUAAGAGGCAGGGAAGGAUGCUCUAUGAUUUUGGUGGUUAA